AUGCUCAAAGCGAGGCUGCGUGAUGCCUCGCUGAACUCGCCGCGCCAAGCGCAGUUGCAGGCCCUGGCGAGCGCACGGACGAGGCGCACGCUAGGCCAGCGCCUUUGCCUCCCGGGGCUUGUUUGCCUUGCAGUUCUGGCACUUUACGUAUCCAGAAGCGGACUUUCAACGUGGAUUCCUCGAGUGCGGUGUGGCAAAGCGGACCAUGGGACGCCCGAGGCAAGUGACUUUAGCUGGGACGACAUCUCACCAAGCGCAACGCUCGAGUACCAGCCGUGCUUCGACGGCUUUCAGUGCGCUCGCCUUUUCGUUCCCCUGAACUGGAACGCCACGGCCGAAGAGCAGGCGAGCUGUCCCCGGGUCGCCAUAGCCAUCAUCAAGCUCCCGGCGCGGGUCCCUGUGACAGAUUCACGAUAUGGAGGCCCCGUGGUCCUCAAUCCAGGCGGGCCUGGAGAAUCCGGCGUGUACCAGGUCCUCUCCGAUGGGAAGAGCCUCCAGGCCCUGCUCGAUGCGCCUCCUUCGGAUGACAACGGGAAGCACUUCGACAUACUUUCCUUUGACCCCCGGGGCGUCAACAAUACGACUCCGCGGCUGCAGUGCUUCACAGACUCGUCUGACCAGCAAUCAUGGCUCGCGAGCCUGCCCGAUUAUGGACUCCUGUGGCACUCUGAGAGCGUGACCGGUCUCGAGUGGGCUCGUGCUGAGGCCCUCGGAGCCAGCUGUGCCCACGGCGAGGGGGACAGGGGCAUCCUGCGGCAUGUCAACACGGCGCAGACGGUGCAGGAUAUGGUGCAGAUUAUCGAGAAGGAGGGCGAAUGGCGGGCGCAAGCAGCGUCUAAACUCGUCUCCCGCUGGCAGGAUCCAAAAACUGCGAGAGAUCUCAUGGAGCGCCUUGCCUAUCAUCCAGGCAAGGAGCGCAUCCAGUACUGGGGCAUGAGCUACGGGACACUCAUCGGGUCCACGUUCGCGGCACUGCAUCCUGACCGCGUGCAGCGCAUGGUUCUCGAUGGCGUCGUCGACCCAGCAGACCACUAUUCUGGGGGCUGGCUCACGCAGCUGCAAGACUCGGACAAGAUCCUGAGCAAGUUUAGCGAGUAUUGCUUCGCAGCUGGACCGGACCGAUGCCCACUCUAUGCCAACUCGUCGGCCGCAGAAAUAGAGGAGCGCCUCACAACAAUCCUGCUUGACCUCAAGGUCAAUCCGAUCCCCAUGGCCGUUACCAACAAAGACGGAGACCACGCCGGGCCCACGCUGGUCACGUACGGCGAUGCCCAUCUGCUGCUUCUAUCGGCCGUGUACUUUCCCUUUGCGUCGGCUGCAAGUUUCUUUGACGUGCUGUUUGCGUUGGAAAGCAAAAACACAUCAUCGCCGGCGCUGAGGCGCAUUGUAACGAGAAAGCACGCACGGGCAACUCGUUCGAUGCCGGUCGAUGGCGCCAUACCUUAUGUGUCGGCGCUGGGAUCCUUCCAGGCUAUAUCGUGCAUGGACUCGGGGCCGCUCAAUUUGACACGAGAGACGUUCAACGAGUUCCUCGCUGAGCUGCAGGGUCAAAGUCGAUGGUUAGGCCUGAGCUGGGCGCGCAACAAGCUCGCCUGCCUGGGUUAUGGCAUGGAACCGGCGUGGAAGCCGCCCUUCAGCUUUAGAACGCAGCAAUGGGCCAACACGUCGCACCCGCUUCUCAUCGUCGGGAACACACACGAUACGGUGACGCCGCUGCGCAACGCGCGUCGCGUGUCAACGCUGUUUCCGGGCAGCGUGGUUCUGCAGCAGGACUCGCAGGGCCACUGCUCCCACUCGGCGCCGGCACCGUGCACAUUGAAGGUGAUACGGCGGUACUUUCAGACGGGGGAGCUGCCGGAACAGGGCGACGUGUGCGAGCCAGGAUUCCGGCCGUUCCUUGGCUGUACGGCGGAGAGAGGUGGGCGCGGGCAGCAGUGCGUAUUUGACGACGCAGAAGAGCAGAGGCUGUGGGACGUGGCCGUCGCUUUGGCCGACCCCUUUGGACUGAGAUAG